AUGUCGAAAGUAGAAGAAACAAUUCGUCAUAGUGCAUGGAUAAUGGAGGUGGCCAUAUCCCGACUACCAAAUAAGCACCUGUCGCGUGGUCCAAUGCAGGAGGCGGCGUCCACGAGAGUGGUGGCGACGGCUCUGAAAGGGUCGCUCGCGCCGCCGUUUCUGCUGCUGUUGGUGGCGCUGGUGGCUUGUGGGAGUGCGUGGCCUCGCCACGGCACCCGCUCCGUCUCCCCGCCUGGACGCCCCAACUUCGUGGGCGAAGGCACAAACGAGCUGGCCACGCUCAUCCUCCAGGGGUACGUGGACACCGAUAAGAACCUGGCGGUGUCUCCGCUGGGCUACUCGGCGACGCUGGCGAUCCUGGCGGAGGGCGCGGGCGGCGAGACGCGGAAGCAGCUGGAGGCCGCGCUGCACCUGCCCGACGACCGCGAUGAGACGCGCGUCGCCUACCGCACCGUGCUGGAGCGCCUCAGGGUGAGCGCAGCGUCAGCAACAGGGAGUUUAUGCGACACGCCUAAAGGCGGCUCCACACAUGCGGCAUUCGGCGAAUCCCGAGCAACCGCUCGCCGAAUACCGAGUAGUGUGGACGGUUUACUUGAGAUUCGUCGAGCGUUCGGUAUUCACCCUAACCCCCGCGAGAAGAACGUGGUUAACAAGCCGGAGCUGCGCAACUGGUUCUACGUGUACAAGAACCACUCGGUGGAGGCCGCGUACCGCGAGGUGCUGCGCCAGUACUACCUGACGGACGUGAAGACGGUGUCGCGGCCCGAGGCCGACAUGGGCUUCCAGGAGAUGGGCAAGGAGGAGGCCGAGGGCGAGGCCGAGGAGGACGGCACGCAGCCACCCGGCGCCGCGCUCGAGGAGGCCAUGACGCUGGGCGCCAUGAAGGAGGGCGCGCUCAUCGAGUCCGCCUUGCAGGAAGAACAGACACGUUUGGCAGCGGAACAAACAAGAAAUGAAAACGACCAACAAGAAGACGAGGCACCAAUGCAGCAGGAACAAACCGAGGAGGCAAAGCCCAUGGAAGAACCUACGAAAGACAAGUUGGUCGAGUUCGCACAGCAACAGGUACAGGAGAACGAACAGUUAGAAGCACAAAAUAAUCCAAUGUCCGAAGACACACCUAAGACUGAAGACAAACCAAUGGCCGAAGACAUGCCGAUGGCCGAGGACAAACCGAUGGCCGAAGACAAGCCGAUGGCCGCGGACAUGACGAUGGCCGAAGGAAAUCCGAUGGACGAGGAGAACCCGAUGGCGGAAGACAAGCCGAAGGGAGAAGAGAAACCAAUGGACGAAAUGACGCAAGAGCAACAGAAGGAAGGGUGCUUGCAGGAGAAGGAGCCGGCCAAAGAAGAGGAGGCGGAGCAAGAGGAGGCGGAGAUGAUGAUGAUGUCGGACCGGCGCAAGCAGCGAGAGUUGGAGGAGGCGGCGGUGGCGGCGUUGGCGAGCGGCGCGGACUCUAUAAAGCCGGAGGCGGAGACGGACGGGACGGACUCGCCCUUGAGCGGCCUAUCAGGGCUCUCCGCCAACACGCUCGGAAGUAAGACACCAGAGUCGACGUCGCGGAUGCUGCUGUUCAACGGGAUGUACUUCCGAGGCAGCUGGCGCUCGCCCUUCGCGCCGCUGGAGCAGCGCGAGGCCUUCUACCCGGCGGAGGGGCGCAAGGUCAGCGUGCCCAUGAUGCGGACGCGCGGCGCCUUCCGCGUCGGCCACAUCCCCGAGCUGGACAGCGUCGCCGUCGAGCUGCCCUACGAGGGCGACCGCUACUCGCUGCUGGUGCUGCUGCCCAACGCGGCCGGCGGGCUGCGCUCCCUGGUGGCCGACCUGGCGGGCUACUCCCUGCGCAACCUCUACGAGAGCAUGGCCUCGCGCGAGGUGGAGGUGACGCUGCCCUGCUUCGCCAUCGAGACCAUCACCCGACCCAUCCCCGUCUUCUCCAAGAUGGGCGUAAGCGACGUGUUCAGCGCGGAGAAGGCCGACCUGCGCGGGGUGUCCUCGGCCGGAGGUCUCUUCGUCCAGGACUUGGUGCAGCUGGUGACGGUGCGCGUGGACAACUCCUCCAGCGUCCUCAACCAGAUCACCAGUUCAUCUAUAGAAUCCAGGACUGGAAGUUUUGAAAAGAUCGUGGCGGAUAAGCCUUUCCUCUAUUUCGUUCGAGAUAUAUCGGACAACCUGGUGGUUGUUGCCGGAAAGGUGGUCAACCCAGAGGACCGACCCACUACGUACAAAACAACCGUAGUUUUGCCGACCCUUUCGUAGGCAAAAUUUUUUAGUGAUUCGUUCACAGUUUUGGAAACAAAUUUUCCCGAUUUGUACACAAGAAGUUUUUAACAAUGUUUGUGAGAGACUUACUAACCACGUGGAGGGCAGGGAAGUAAGAAAUGGGUAAACUUUUAAGAAUGUAAGGCGCAUAGAUUAUAAUUGAUGCGUUUGGGUCAUACCGCGAAGAUGAUAUUGCGUUACAAGAUGUAUUUAUAGUCAAACAUACGAAAUUAGUUGGUCAUUAAUGUAGAUUCAGUUCAGUUACAUGAAAACAAUGAAUACACAAACAUUUAGACAAAUUUCACCAUUCUUUGUUCUGUACUACGGUUGCUGAAUCCAAAAACCAUUGGAUACAGUACAAUAAAGUACAUACAAUUUUGUGUCAAAAACAAAUUAACACGGUGCACUUGACCAUCGAUAUGAUCUCCGAAAAUAUUGCUCAUUAAUAUUAUAUUUAUUUAUUUAUAUUAUUUGUAUUUCAUCAUAUCAUGAUAAUGAGUUUUCAUCAUGUCAUCCGUACCAUUAAUGGAAAUAGUGAUAUAAUAAUGUGAUGUGUAAGUGCAUUGGAUGAGUUUCCUACG